UCUCUGUUCGCAAAUCUCUCUUACCUUCUACACAACAUUUCCUUUUAAAUUUUAAAUUACUUGUCUUCUUUUUCUUAAUUAUUAUCCAUCACCAUCGUUACGUAGGAGGACCGGAAUUUAAGAUUCUUUACACAAGUGGAUCUGUGUCUGCAUCAUAUAAUCGGGGUAUGCUCUGUUUAUAUGCUGCAUAAACAGGUCUGCAAAACAAUUCACAAGGAGAAAUCUAAGAGAUGGAAGGUUUAUUUUCUGAGGCAGAUUCAAGUUCUCUGAAGCUCUACCUCCUCCCAUUUCCAUCACCAGGGCACAUGAUGCCACAGAUCAAUCUGGGUCAAGUUUUAGCCUUUCGUGGCCACCAUGUUACGGUUCUCACAACUCCUUCAAACGCUCAAUUCAUCCCAAAACACCUCAAAGUUCAUACCUUCAACCUCCCCUCCAACGAACAUGGUCUUUCUUCUGAGAAUCUAUCAUCUGCAGAAGACAACCGAACCGCGUACAAGAUAUGGAAGGCCACACAAGACCUCAAACCCCAGAUAGAAACCUUUCUGCAGCAAAACCCUCCUCAUGCUGUGAUUUUGGACAUAAUGUUUCCAUGGAAUUUCUCUUCCACACUCAACAUCGCCACCGCGGUUUACAACCCCAUGCCCAUCUUCGCUCUUUGCGUUGCUGAGGCCAUCAACAACUCCCAACACCAAGCGUUUCCUUCGGAUUCUUCGCUUUCUUUUGUCGUCCCUGGUUCUCUCCCACACAAUGUCACGCUUAACUUUAACCCGUGGACCACCAGCUUCCACACCAUGGCUCGUACUAUGCUGCAAGCCAAGGAAAACAACAGUGUUGGGGUUAUCGUGGACACCUUUGCAGAGCUCGAAGAUGGGUACACCGAGUACUACCAGAAACUCACCGGCGUUAAGGUGUGGCACGUUGGCAAACUCUCGCUUAUGGUGGAUUAUUACCACAGAAGAGGCACAUCAUCACAAGAGAAUCAUGUAAGCCACAAAAGCAUUAGAUCAGUUGGUGGUGAACAUGAGUGCCUCAACUGGCUGAGCACAAAGGAAGCCAGGUCAGUGGUGUAUGUAUGUUUUGGAAGCUUGUCUCGUCUGAGCAAAGAGCAAUAUUUGGAGAUUGCGCGUGGGUUGGAGGCCUCAGGGCACAAUUUCAUCUUGGUGCUUCCGAAGAAAGUGAAUGAAGAAGGAUUGCUGCAUGGGAUUGAAGAAAGGAUGAGGGAAGACGACAGAGGAAUGGUAGUGAGAGGGUGGGUUCCACAGGGUUUGAUAUUGAAGCAUGUUGGCAUUGGAGGGUUCCUAACACAUUGUGGGGCUAGUUCAGUGUUGGAGGGGAUUUGUGAGGGGGUGCCUUUGAUCACCAUGCCUAGGUUUGGUGACCAGUUUUUGUGUGAGAAGUUGGUGACUGAGGUGCUUGGGAUUGGGGAGAGUGUGGGGGUUUGGGAAUGGAGCAUGUCGCCCUAUGAUGUGAGAAAGGAGCUGGUGGGCUGGGAAAGAAUUGAGAGUGCUGUGAGAAAGGUAAUGAAGGAUGAAGGAGGGUUGUUCAGAAAACGAGUGAAGGAGUUGAAGGAAAAAGCACAUAAAGCUGUUCAGGAAGGUGGAUCCUCUUAUCAUAAUGUCACAGCCCUUCUUCAAUCGAUCAAAGUGACCAAUGUUUAAGAAGUCGCGUCGAGUGGAGUCAACGAUCACCGAAGCCAAAAUGCUAGUACGGAAUAGUUUGGAUCAAGCUCUGAGCGAUAUCAAGAAGAGAUCUAUCCCAAGAAAAUUCUUCUAUUCUUAAGUUAGUAUGAGAGUAUGAAUUCGAUGUAAAGAAUGUUUAGUGUUAAAUAAUAUAUAUUUACUCCCUCUA